AAGAAGGAGAAACACAGCUACUUUUAAACCUUAUCAAAGACUUGGAUAUCAACAGGUUUUUGGAUAUGAGCACACAUCGCUACAACGACCUUUUCGAGAAGCUGGUUGAAGGAAUGAAAGAGGGACGCUGUGUUCACACGGUCCAACAAGUCAGCCACCACUGCGAUGGUCGUCAUGGUUUCCUGUGAUGGUAAGGAUGUGGUCGACUGCUAUGAAAAACCUGAAAGAGGAAGACUCACAACACAAACAAAGGAUGGAAAUCGCAUCACUCUGCCUAAUGCUCUCCGCCUCGCUGAUCGUCACUCCCGACAGAUCUCAGUUCUUCCAGUAUGAAGAAAUCUCUCUGACGUGCGCUGCCAAAUCCAGCGGCUGGACGGUGAAAAGAAACACCUCCGCUAGGACUUCUCAGCCAUGUAUGUUUGGCUGGGGGAUCCCAGACGAGUCGUCCUGCACCGUUGAGUCCGCCUUCCCAUCCGACACCGGAGUGUACUGGUGUCAGUCUCUGCAGGGAGAGUGCAGCAACACCGUCAGUAUCAGCGUGGCAGAAGGUGUUGUGAUCAUGGAGAGUCCUGCUCUUCCUGUCAUGGAAGGAGACAAAGUGACGCUCCGCUGCUCCUACAGAGAGAAAGACGAAGAGGAAUCUACAUCCGACUUCUCCGCUGCGUUCUUCAAAAACGACGUGUUCAUUGGCUCCGAGCCUGCGGGAGAGAUGAUCCUCCCAGCGGUGUCCAAAACUGACGAAGGCUUCUACAAGUGUGAACACCCAACCAAGGGAGAGUCCCUGCAGAGCUGGCUGGCAGUGAGAGUUCAGCCUACAGAUGCUUUUCCUCCUCCUCCUACUCCUUCUCCUCCUCCGAUAAUGAUGCCUCUGCCCCGGCUGCUGUGCUCCGUCCUGCUCUUCCUCUUCUACACAGCCAUCCUCAUACUGUGUAUCUACAAGUACCGGAAGUGGGCUCAAGGUAAGAACUCCUCUGAGAAGUAUACUAUGCUGAUGACUUAGUCCUGUCUCGGUAUAUUGCUGGUCUUCAACUUAUGGCGUUUUUCCACUACAUGGUACCUGCUCCACUCACUUCGACUCUACUCGCCUUUUUUGGUUUUCCAUUAUGAAAUUAUGG